UUCCUAGAUGUGGGAAGUGUGCAGGAGGACCUGAUAGAAAGGAAUGUGUAGUAUUGAUGUAAAAAGUUGUGUGUAUAAACUGUAGGGGUACACAUGGUGCUGGAGAUCAGAUGUGUCCAGUGAGAGAAAGACAGGUUGAGGUUACCAGGAUCACAGUAGUGCAGAAGGUGUUGUAUGCUGAGGCAGUCAAGAGAGUACUAGAGGAAGAUGGGUCCAGGGUGAGGGAUCCUGAGAGGAGGGCCAAAGUUGCGGGAUAAUGAGGUUUUAAUGGGUGUAGGGUCAGUGGUGUAAAGUACUUAAGUAGUAUUUUACUGGGUGACUUCCAACGUUUUACUUUAGUCAUUUUCUAUUAAGAUAUCUUUUACUCAAGUAUGACGAUUAGGUAUUUUUUCCACCCCUGUGCAGCACUAGUUAGUUGUUUUUUCCCAAAGCGUAAUGAAUUCAGACGACAGAGUAGUAGGCUGAUACACAGCCAAUACAGUAUUUAGCUGCAUGCAUCUAUUACAAUUGUAUGCGGACCGCCAUAAUGCCAAAGAAGAAGAAUACCACUUCCUUCACCACAGCUUUGAGUCUGCUGCGUGAAGCGGAAGAAGUAUGAAUGCACCGACUACUGCGGAGGUUGCAUUGCUGUAAAUGCUGCAUGGCCGCUGCAGACGUCGGAUUGAACAUACAUCGGGUUUUACUGGUUCGUUGCACGGAUAGCGCAGCGAAACGUUGAAGAAAGAAUAGCUUCGACGAUGGAUCGGGAUAGAGCUAGUCCGUCCCCCUCCACCCUGCCAGAGUCCCCGGGUUGCAACUCUUCCGGUAGCGCUUUACUGUUGGGUCUGAAGAGGGUGUCGGUGCGGCUGGUCGACUGCAGGAAAACAGCAGGGCAGAGUGGAGCUGUGAGAGAAGGACACGAGGAUGGAGAUUUGAUUUCAUCAAGGGACUCCCAUAACCAUCGCUCUUUCAAUGGAAGGUACUUAUCAUCUGGGGAGCCUCAACAACAUCAUGUUGCUGAAGAGGCAGAGAAGUGUCUCUCCAGAUCAGAUCACCUCAAGAUACACCAGCAGAGAAAUACAGUGAAGAAACCUCACCACUGUUACUCUGACUUUGGGAAGAAUUUUACUAGACUGAGGUCCUUAAUUCACCAGCAGAUUCACACUGGAGAGAAACCGUACUGCUGCUCUCAGUGUGGGAGGGGUUUUACUGCAUCUAAUGCCUUAAAAUAUCAUCUGAAAAUUCAUACAGGGGAGAGGCCUUACCCCUGCCUUGAUUGUGGGAAAAGCUUUGCUAAUUCAGGAGGCCUGACCAUACACAAGCGUUUACACACUGGAGAGAAACCUUACAGCUGUGAUCAGUGUAGGAAGAGAUUCAAUCAGUCAGGCCACCUGACUACACACCAGCGAACACACACUGGAGAGAGGCCUUAUAGCUGUGAUCAAUGUGGGAAGAGAUUCAAUCAGUCAGGAGAGCUGACUACACACCAGCGAACACACACUGGCCAGAGGCCUUAUAGCUGUGAUCAAUGUGGGAAGAGAUUCAAUCAGUCAGGAGAGCUGACUACACACAAGCUAACACACACUGGAGAGAGACCUUACGUCUGUCUAUGUGGAAAAGGCUUUGCUCGAGCUUCCACCCUGACUAGACACCAGCGAACACACACUGGAGAGAAACCUUAUAGCUGUGAUCAGUGUGGAAAGAGCUUUUCUCAAACUUUCUCCCUGACUAAACACAAGCUAACACACACUGGAGAGAAAGAAGCCUUAUAUCUGUGAUCAGUGUGGGAAGCGUUUCAGUCAGUUAUGGACCCUUUAUUCACACCAGUGAACACACACUGGAGAAGGAACCUUAUGUCUGUCUAGGUGGGAAGAGCUUUUUUAUUUAGGGCCAAUGAAAGAGAAAAACCACCAUCAAACAAAAACAUGCUGUAUUUCCUCUCCCUCUCUUCCAGCACUGGUUUCAGACCCAUAAAUAAAGGACCAAUAGAAAACAUCUAGUGAACAAUCAUAUCCAUCUCCCAUUCUUAAACAGUUGCCUUAGUCUGAUCACCAUGGUAACCUCUGUGCAGCAUAAUAUGCAGCUCUGAUCUAGGAUCAGGUCUCCCCUGUGUCUAUGUAAUAUCACACAUUGGGAUCUAAAUGGAUAAAUGUUAUCAUAUAAAAUGUUAUAGUGAACCUGUGUGGGGGGGGGGGGGGGGGUGUGUUGAUAAUUGUAUCUUUCAUACACAUGAUACUAUUAUAAUGUCUUCAUGUAGAAUAAUGUUUCAACAAUAGGUGUAUAUUCAUUUUUAAAUAAAUUAUCUUCUAAACAAGAACUUAUCACUUUCAUUUUUUAAAUGUAUAUCUACAUUCAUUAAAAUGAUCCUAAAACUAAUCAAUGAGGCAUUGAAUAAUAAUAUUCAUGAGGUCAAGGAAAGAACUAUGUAUGCUGUCUUGUAACAAUUGUUAAUGUAAUAA